UCGAUUUCAGAACAAAAUCCUCUCAGCGCGGAUUCUCUGUCCUAAUAGGGAUUGGCUAACUGACCUUUUCGGGCUACCACAGCAGCGAUAGUGGGUUCUUUUUUCAUCAAAGUAGCGAAUACAGUUGCUUGGAAGGCUGCCUCGUUCAGUGCACAAAUGCCACCAAAUAUAAUUUAUUUUGAAAUCUGAAACUAGACGUUGCCUGCUUCCAGCACAAGGUACCGCCUCCCCCAAAAAACCCGACCUUAGCUUUCCGCUCCAGGAAGCCCUGAGACGCAGUUGUAGGUGAUGAUGAGAGAAAUGAUGAGACUUAAUUGAAUUAGCUGCACCACUUGCAGCACGUCUGGCGACCAUUUCCACUCCCAACAGUCAGCCUGGCUCGACACUGUGCAGCAGCAACUCCAUGCUAUACCCAAAGGAGAAGGCGGGUCAGCAGCGGUUGAACCAAGCAAGGCAGCUUUUAUCGAGGUGCAUUUCUUAUUCCCUAUUUGACAAUGCUGGCUCUUGCUGGACUCCCUAUCUUCUUCCUGGAAGUUUCUCUGGGGCAAUUUGCUAGUCAGGGGCCUGUGUCUGUUUGGAAAGCCAUCCCUGCCUUACAAGGCUGUGGCAUUGCUAUGCUGAUUAUCUCUGUCCUAAUAGCCAUAUAUUAUAAUAUUAUAUUGUGCUACACACUUUUCUACCUUUUUGCAUCCCUUGUACGUGUGUUACCUUGGGCUUCCUGUAACAAUCCAUGGAACACACCGGAUUGUAGAGAUAAAAACAAACUUUUAUUAGAUUCCUGCAUCAUUGGUGACCACCCCAAAUUACAAAUAAAGAACUCUACUUUCUGUAUGAGUGCCUAUCCAAACUUGACAAUGGUAAACUAUACCAGCCAUGUCAACAAAACUUUUGUCAGUGGCAGUGAAGAGUACUUCAAGUACUUUGUAUUGAAGAUUUCUGCAGGAAUUGAAUAUCCUGGUGAAAUCAGGUGGUCUUUGGCACUGUCUCUCUUUCUGGCUUGGGCAAUUGUCUAUGCUUCUCUGGCUAAAGGAAUAAAGACAUCAGGAAAAGUGGUGUACUUUACUGCUACAUUCCCUUAUGUAGUGCUCAUCAUCCUACUUAUCAGAGGAGUAACUCUGCCAGGAGCUGGGGCUGGAAUUUGGUACUUCAUCACACCUAAGUGGGAGAAACUAAUUGAUGCUAUGGUGUGGAAAGAUGCUGCCACUCAAAUAUUUUUCUCUUUGUCUGCUGCAUGGGGUGGCCUGAUUACUUUGUCUUCCUAUAACAAAUUUCAUAACAAUGUGUACAGGGACACCUUGAUAGUAACUUGCACCAACAGUGCCACAAGUAUAUUUGCAGGCUUUGUCAUCUUUUCGGUUAUUGGUUUUAUGGCAAAUGAGCUCAAAGUAGACAUUGAAGAUGUGGCAGACCAAGGUCCUGGGAUUGCUUUUGUAGUAUAUCCUGAAGCUUUAACUAGGCUUCCUCUUUCACCAUUCUGGGCUAUAAUUUUCUUCUUGAUGCUUCUAACACUUGGCUUGGACACCAUGUUUGCCACUAUUGAGACGAUAGUGACAUCAGUUUCAGAUGAGUUCCCAAAGUACUUACGUACUCACAAGCCUCUGUUUACUCUUGGAUGCUGUAUUUCCUUUUUCAUCAUGGGCUUUCCUAUGAUCACUCAGGGUGGAAUGUACAUGUUGCAGCUUGUGGACACCUAUGCAGCAUCUUACUCUCUUGUUAUAAUAGCCAUCUUUGAACUUGUUGGCAUUUCAUACAUUUAUGGCUUGCAAAGAUUUUGUGAAGACAUAGAGAUGAUGAUUGGAUUCCAGCCAAACAAAUUCUGGAGAAUCUGUUGGGCUUUUGUGACCCCAACUAUUUUAACAUUCAUCCUUUGCUUCAGCUUCUACAAGUGGGAACCCAUGACUUAUGGUACCUACCACUAUCCAGGCUGGUCUAUGGUACUAGCAUGGUUGAUGUUGGCUUGCUCUGUUAUCUGGAUUCCUAUUAUGUUUGUGAUAAAAAUGCACAUAGCUCCUGGCAAAUUUAUUGAGAGGCUCAAGUUGGUCUGCUCUCCACAGCCAGAUUGGGGACCAUUUUUGGCUAAACACCGUGGUGAACGCUACCAGAAUAUGAUAGACCCACUGGGAACGUCUUCCCUUGGACUUAAAUUGCCACCGAAAGAUUUUGAACUGGAGACCCAGUGCUAG